AUGGGAAAUUGCAAGUCAGCCAACACCAUAGAUGUGUCCUGCAAUCACAACAAACCUCACAUUGCAAUUUGUCUGGGCAAAGCAUGCACGAGAGACGAAGGAGACAGAAGAUUAUGCGAGGAAUGUUUGGUUGAUCAUAUGUGCAAUGAUCGCAUUACCAUUGACGAUGGUAUUUGUUAUUCUAUAAUCUAAGCAAUAAAGUUCGAUAGUUACGGGAUCCAAGCAAUAGUAGAGAAGUUCGACAGAGAUUAAAAUUCGCCACAUGCAACUGGUGGAUUAACUCAAACAUUAGCAAAUUUUAAAAAUAAUUUCUUUGAGAGUUUCAAAUCAUAUCAAGGAUAUUAUGAUAUCUAUUUGAAUCAGUAUCUCCUUUAAGGAAUACCUGAUGCGGAAGUAUUUGGAGAAGCGGCAAGUUAAAUUGUGGAGGCAUUUGAAAAAAAUGAUUUGGGUUACAUCUAAAAAUAAGGAUGUCAGAUAUUACUCACUAUUUACAAUAAUCCAUAAUUGGUUAAACAGAUCUUGAGCAAUUUAGACUCGGCAUCCAGAAAAAUCUCAGUUUAUCAGAAUUAAGUCGAGUAGAAGUUGAGAAGAUUGCAGGACUCAUUCUUCAAAGAACUACUCUCCUUACCAUACAAUGUUGCGAAAUAAUUCAAUGGUUCCAUUCUUAAUAUAGAUCCAAAAACUUAUUCAUAUGAAUUCUCAGCAUAUUUGACAACUGUAGAUACCAAUAGAAUGAGUGGAUCAUUGAUCUCGUUGAAUUGCAGUGAUCACAAUCAAAAAAUCUAGGUUAUCUGUUGUGACAGAUGUCCAAGUAAAGAUAAUAGAUUGUGUGGUCAAUGUUUAAUAACUCAUAAGUGCAAUGCUGGACAACGAAUUAAAUUGAAGUCUUUCGGCCAGGAUCAAGCUGCAAUAAUUGAAGCAGCCAUGAAAUACCAGAAGAAAGUAUGCACAUAUCUAAUACACAUAUAGAAACAAGAGAUAUCUGAUGCUAAAUCCAAAGUGAAAGCCAUUUUUGAGGACAUAAUGAGAUAAGCAAUCAAGGAAAUAGAAAUGUUGGGGUAAAAUUCGAAACGAGUGAUGGCCGAAUCUUAAUUGGAUGGAUUCGACUCUUAGAUGAAGUAAGAAUUGCCAGCUUACGUAAAUAAGUUAAAACUAGUACAUAUUGAUAUUUUAUUAGUGGUAUUUGCCAAUCGAAGCAUGGUGAGUUUAGACUAAAGAGGAGUAGCAAUUAUUGCCUAUUUGAUACAACAUCCUGAAAUAAAAAACUAAUUGGUUACCUUUGAUGCAUCCAACAAUGCAGUCUAAUAUUUGAAUAAAUUAGUAAUCCAAUUGGAAGAUGUCUCAAAGAGGUUCCUACAAAGUGUAUCACAAAUCGAAGAUAGUACUCAUAUCUCUUUAUAGUUAUAGUUGCGACCUUUGAAAAGAAACCGAGUUAAAAUCUGGAAUCUUCCCAUGUUUACACUACUAAUAUUGUGGCUAAUUAUGGUGCAACCAUAACUCCUGUGGGAAUGAAUUUAUCAUUACAAAGAUAACCAUCUGCUAAUUUGAAUUUCUAGACUGAUCAGUCACUUGAAAACAAAUUAGAUAAUUGUCCUGUAAUUAAGGUACUCAAAGAUUUUGGGGAAGAUCAGGACAAUUAUGUGAGUGAUAUAAUCUUUUAUUAAAAUCACUUGAUAGUUGCAACUGUGGAUGGAUUGAUCGUCAUUUAUUAAGGCGUUGGUGAGAAUAGGAUUGGAGAACACCAAUUCGAAGGCAAAUGCACCAGCAUCUGUGGAUUUAUAUAUUAAGGCAAAUUGGCUAUAGCUGCAUGGUAAACUUAAGAUUCUAUGUUUGUAGCAUUGGGAAUUUCGAAGAAUAGAACAUUGGAAUUAUUACAUUCGAUAAGACUAUCUCCUUUUAAGGUCACUUGCAAGGACAUACUGAUCCCAUUUUGAUGGUCAAACAAUUGAUCAAACCUGAAUAUUUGGUUAGUUGUUCUGGUGACCAUAGCAUUAAGGUUUGGGACACAUCCUCAAGUGGAUUUUUGGAAAGCAUUAAGGCAAAGACCAUCAACAAUCAUAAAAUGGCAGUCAGAGAUGUCAUCUUAAUUAAUAACAAUCAACUCGUGUCUGGGUCAUUUGAUGAGACCAUCCAGAUCUAUGAUAUCAAGUCAGAUCGAGUCAUCUAUGCCAUUCAAUGUGAGGAUUGGAUCUACUGUGUAUGACUAUUAUUCAUUUGUAGUUAUAAAAUAUCACUGAGAAGGCUUUUGCUGCAGGCACUGGCUCUGGGGAUGUUAGAAUCAUUAGCACAUCGAAUUAUGGUGAGAUGCUGAGAGUCAGAGUAGCCCCGAAUUAUAUAAAGAGUAUCAUGGUAUUCUAAAAUCCCAAUUAUCUAUUCUUGUCGUGCAAAAACAGAGACAAUUACAUCAUUCGCAUACAGGAAUACAGGCAAAUUGAUUAUAUUACGAAGACUGAAGAAGUUGACUUUGUUCCUGAGGGGAUUUGCUUAGUUGACAAUUAUAUCAUAUAUGGAGAGGCCAAUUCUGUUAAAAUUAAAUAUGCUAGUUGA